AUGGAGAGAACCACGGUGCUGAUCACGGGCUGCUCCUCGGGCAUCGGGCUGGGACUGGCCGCACGCCUGGCGGCCGACAGCACUCGCCGGUUCAAAGUUUACGCCACCAUGCGUGACCUGGCCAAGGGCGAGCGGCUGCUGGAGCACUUGGGCAGCCACUGCCCUGACACGCUGGAGGUCCUGCAGCUCGAUGUCACUGACCCACACUCACUGGCAGCCGCCGUGCAGCGGGUGCAGGAGCAGCGCCUGGACGUGUUGGUCUGCAACGCGGGGGUGGGACUGAUGGGACCUCUGGAGACCUGCUCCGAUCAGGCCAUGAAAACCCUCUUCGAUGUGAACUUCUUUGGGGCCGUCCGCACCAUCCAGGCAUUCCUGCCCGCCAUGAAGCGUUGCAGGGCCGGGCGGAUCAUUGUUUCCAGCAGCAUCGGGGGGCUGCAAGGGCUACCCUUCAAUGCCGUGUACUGCGCCAGCAAGUUUGCAGUGGAGGGGCUGUGCGAGAGCCUGGCCAUCGUCCUGCGCCCCUUCAACAUCCAUGUGACACUGGUGGAGUGCGGGCCCGUCCACACCAGCUUCCUGGCCAACCUACAGUGCCCGGACCCCGAGGGCAGCGAGCUGGAGGGCCUGGACGCCGAGACGCGGGGGCUGUACCGCCGAUACCUGCGGCACUGCCAAAGCCUCUUCCGCGACACGGCCCAGGAGGUGGAGGACGUCCUGCCGGUGUUCCUGGAGGCCAUCGUCAGCCUCUGCCCGCCCCUGCGCUGCGCCAGCACCCAGCUCCUCGCCCCGCUUUGGCGCCUGCGGCUCGGCAGCCCCGACGGCUCCGCGUACGUCCGCGCCAUGCACGACUUCGUGUUCGGCGGCAGCGAAGUCAGCGGGGACCAGCCCUGAGCGGAGCCGCCGGGACACCGGGACCCGCUGCCGUGCGGGAUCGGUCCUGCCGUGUCCCCAA